AUGCGCUUCGCAUCGAUAACAGUGCUUUCCGCGCUCGGCGCCUCCCUCGCCGCUGCCCUCCCAACAGAGCUCACAGAGUUCUUCCUCGUCACUUCAGAUCAGUCAGAACCGAGCACCAACUCGUCAAAUCUGCGCGGCGUCCACGCGACAACUCCAUUCGCCGAAGACCCUGUCUCUCAAUCGACCCUCCUCCUCCGCCUCAUCGGCGCCGGCUACAACUCCCUCCCCAACUUCACGCUCGCCGACGGCGUCCUCUCCACCAUCACGCAGGGCCCGCACGGUAUCGGAUCGUACCGGUACAACAGCACAGCGGUCACGGCGGGCAGCGAACUGCAGUUUGUAGCGCAGAAGCAGGUGAGCGGGAAUGUGGGGCUGAAUGGCGGGUAUCUCGUGACGGUGGACGGGGAGAUGGAGGGGUGGACGAUUUGUAAUUCCGAGAGUGGGACGGAUGUGCUGUACUGGAAGGGGAAAGGGAGUGACUGUGUGAGCACGUUUCUGCAUGCGGUGACGAAGCCACCGUAUCGGAAGGCGUGA